UCUGUCAGAGGCGCUUUCGGCUUCCAAGGGGGAAGUGCUGGGCAAUAAUUAAUGUUUUUAUUAAAAUUGGAGGGAAUUUUUUGCAGCCGUUCGCCUAGCGUGGCCUUCAGUCCCGUUAGGUGCAAAGCAAGUCUCGUUGAUCGCCAUUGCUAGUUUUGCACACGUUUGCGAAUCAGAGCUGCCCGGGGUACACCGACCGCGCAGGGAAACAUCGAGAGUGUAAAUAAAUACAUCGCCUCUUAUUCGGAUUUUUGCUACUGCCGAAAAUAUGUAAAUUGUGAACUCUCUUGGCUCUCUUUGGAUCCAGGUUGAUAGAAGUCCAGAUCCCGAGGAAAUCUCCAGCUAAAUGCUCAAAAUAUAAAACACUGAGCUGAGAUUUGCGAAGAGCAGCAGAAUGGAUGGAUUUUAUGACCAGCAAGUGCCUUACAUGGUCACCAAUAAUCAGCGUGGGAGAAAUUGUAACGAGAAACCAACAAAUGUCAGGAAAAGAAAAUUCAUUAACAGAGAUCUGGCUCAUGAUUCAGAAGAACUCUUUCAAGAUCUAAGUCAAUUACAGGAAACAUGGCUUGCAGAAGCUCAGGUACCUGACAAUGAUGAGCAGUUUGUGCCAGACUAUCAGGCUGAAAGUUUGGCUUUUCAUGGCCUCCCACUGAAAAUCAAGAAGGAACCCCACAGUCCAUGUUCAGAACUCGGCUCUGCCUGCAGCCAAGAACAGCCCUUUAAAUUCAGCUAUGGAGAAAAGUGCCUGUACAAUGUCAGUGCCUAUGAUCAGAAGCCACAAGUGGGAAUGAGGCCCUCCAACCCCCCAACACCAUCCAGCACUCCAGUGUCCCCUCUGCACCAUGCGUCUCCCAACUCAGCUCACACUUCGAAACCUGACCGCGCCUUCCCAGCUCACCUCCCUCCAUCGCAGCCCAUCCAAGACAGCAGCUACCCCAUGGACCACAGAUUUCGCCGCCAACUUUCUGAACCCUGUAAUUCCUUUCCUCCUUUGCCAACAAUGCCAAGGGAAGGACGUCCCAUGUACCAACGGCAGAUGUCUGAGCCAAACAUCCCCUUCCCACCUCAAGGCUUUAAGCAGGAGUACCAUGACCCAGUGUAUGAACACAACACCAUGGUUGGCGGUGCGGCCAGCCAAAGCUUCCCCCCUCCUCUGAUGAUCAAACAGGAGCCCAGAGAUUUUGCAUAUGAUUCAGAAGUGCCUAGCUGCCACUCCAUUUAUAUGAGGCAAGAAGGCUUCCUGGCUCAUCCCAGCAGAACAGAAGGCUGCAUGUUUGAAAAGGGCCCCCGGCAGUUUUAUGAUGACACCUGUGUCGUCCCAGAGAAAUUUGAUGGAGACAUAAAACAAGAGCCAGGAAUGUAUCGGGAGGGACCUACGUACCAGCGGCGGGGAUCCCUUCAGCUCUGGCAGUUUUUGGUGGCUCUUCUGGACGACCCUUCAAAUUCCCAUUUCAUUGCCUGGACUGGGAGAGGCAUGGAGUUUAAACUGAUUGAGCCUGAAGAGGUGGCCCGGCGUUGGGGCAUUCAGAAAAACAGGCCAGCUAUGAACUAUGAUAAACUUAGCCGUUCACUCCGCUAUUAUUAUGAGAAAGGAAUCAUGCAAAAGGUGGCUGGAGAGAGAUACGUCUACAAAUUUGUGUGUGAUCCAGAAGCCCUCUUCUCCAUGGCCUUUCCAGAUAAUCAGCGCCCACUGCUGAAGACAGAUGUGGAGCGUCAUAUCAACGAAGAGGACACAGUGCCUCUGUCCCACUUUGACGAGAGCAUGGCCUACAUGCCGGAAGGGGGCUGCUGCAACCCUCACCCCUAUAACGAAGGCUACGUGUAUUAACACAAGUGACAGUUAAGGGCCUCCACACGCUUCUCUUUUGCAGGAUACGGAGAAUCUCUGAAUUCUCUUCAAUCUUUGAUUUUUGUCGUUUGUAUUUUAUUUUUAAAUAAUGAUACACAAAAAGGGGCUUUUCCUGUUGCAUUAUUCUAUGGUCUGCCAUGGACUGCGCACUUUAUUUCAGGGUGGGUGGGAGUAAUCUAAACAUUUAUUCUGUGUAACAGGAAGAUAA